UCUUCUCCACUAGUAGUACGAGAAAAUUGAUCAGCACAGGACAACCCUCUAAACCCUAACCCAACUCAACGCAGCAGCAGGAACGAGAGGAGAUCCGCCAUGGAUGGUUCUCGCGUUGGCGAGCUCCGUGCUUUCGUCGAGGCCUGCAAGAAGGACCCCUCCCUCCUCGCCGACCCCAACCUCGCCUUCUUCCGCGACUAUCUUGAGAGCCUGGGCGCCCACCUCCCCGCCGCCGCCUUCAAGGCCCCCAAGCCGUCCUCUAUGGAUGACAUCGACGACGAAGAAGACGACGACGACGAUCUCAACAUGAGGGAUGCCACUCCGGAGCCGGACGAGCUUGACCAGGAGAUCGUCGAGUCUGAUCUUGAACUUGAAGGAGACAUUGUGGAAUCUGACCAUCAAGACCCUCCACAAAAGAUGGGAGAUCCUUCUAUCGAGGUGACCGAGGAAAAUCGUGAUGCCUCACAGGAGGCAAAAAGCAAGGCGAUGGAAGCAAUGUCUGAAGGAAAACUGGAAGAAGCUAUUGAGCAUCUUACCAACGCAAUACUGCUCAAUCCACUCUCAGCUAUCAUGUAUGGUACUAGAGCAUCUGUGUUUAUCAAAAUGAAGAAACCUGUCGCUGCCAUCCGUGACGCAAAUGCUGCUUUAGAGAUUAACCCAGACUCAGCAAAAGGCUAUAAAACUCGUGGAAUGGCUUAUGCUAUGCUUGGCAAAUGGGAGGAAGCUGCUCAUGAUCUUCACACAGCAUCGAACAUGGAUUAUGAUGAUGAGAUCAAUGCUGUACUCAAGAAGGUGGAGCCUAAUGCACACAAGAUAGUAGAACAUCGCAGGAAAUAUGAGCGGCUCCGGAAAGAGAGGGACGAAAAGAGAGCUGAGCGUGAUCGGUUCCGUCGACGGGCAGAAGCACAGGCUGCUUAUGAAAAGGCCAAGCGGAAGGAGCAAUCAUCAAGUCGCUCAGGAGGUGCAUCUCCCAGGGGCUUCCCAGGAGGGAUGCCUGGUGGAGGUUUCCCAGGUGGGAUGCCUGGAGGAGCCUUCCCAGGAGGAAUGGCUGGUGGCUUCCCUGGGGGUGCUAUGCCUGGAGGUGUUCCUGGUAAUGUCGAUAUGAGUAAAAUUCUGAAUGACCCUGAUCUGAUGGCAGCAUUUGGUGACCCCGAGGUUAUGGCAGCUCUUCAAGAUGUGAUGAAUAAUCCUGCCAACUUUGCGAGGCACCAAGCCAACCCCAAGGUGGGCCCUAUCAUAGCAAAAAUGAUGGCAAAAUUCAAUGGGUCCCAGUGAACGUUCUGAGCUCAUGGUGUGAGAAAAAUGUUAUUUGGUAACGGUGUCAAGUGUUCUGUGAGGAGCAAAAGCACGUUGGACAGUCUCUCUUGUUAGGUCUCUUUUUUGUGCAUCUGGAGAUGUUUUUAGUUUGUGGUAUUAAUCGGUGGAUGUAUAUGUAGAAAUACUUUCUUUGGAAAUUCUGGAUGUUGACUCUAUGCCAUUGCCACUAGUAUCUAUUAGGGACGGGACAGCGAGGAUUUUGGAGAUAGGGGAUAUGAUGGUAAACAUUUGCCCCAUUCA